AGAGUGAUGUGUAGGCUAUGAAUUCGAUGCUGGGUGGGUCUAACGCUACAGCUUUUCAGAAUUGCAAAUAACUUUCGUGCGUAAAAGCUACUUCACAGUUAGUCACAAUGUUGGUCCUGGCUGGAAUCGUUGUUCUUCACAUUACUGCCAUCAUCCUGCUUCUGGUUGCAACCAUUGAUAACGCCUGGUGGCUCACAGACUCAGUGGCCACAGAUGUGUGGGGCCGGUGGGAACUGUCAGGCUCAGCUUGGCACUACACCAACCUCAAAGGAGACUAUGCUGAAGAAUACCUCCAGGUAGUGCAGGCCGGAGCAGUGCUGGCUUGCAUCUUCUCCAUCCUGGGCCUGUUUGUGUUCGUGGCUCAACUCUUCACCUUGACCAAGGGCCAGAGGUUCACCUUCUCUGGAGCCUUGAUGCUCAUCUCCUGUCUGUGUGUAAUGAUUGCUGCGUCCAUCUACACAGACAUCUUCCACAAGCAGGACCAGGGCUGGUUCGGACACUCUUUCAUCUUGGCCUGGAUCUCCUUCGUUCUCACCUUCAUACUGGGCGUCAUCUAUGUGGUCCUACGCAAGAAGAGCGAGUAGAGGAACAAGGGAUGAAGGGGAGGAGAGGAGGAUUGUAAGGAAGGAUAGUUUUUAUUACGUUUUUGCAUUGUGUUGGAAAGGGAUGGAGGGAGGGUAGGGGUCUUAUUUAGUUUAUUAACAGUCCCAGUAUUUUGAUUUUACUUGUGAGGAGGAAGGUGGUACAGAAGGGGGGAGAGCGGACCCCAAAGAAUUGUAUGCACAAUCUAUUUCUAUGCAGACUACUGCAUGCCUGUUCAAAUGGGAGAUUUGUAAUGUGUAAUUGAUAUAGUACUGUAUAUUUCAAGGUAUGCUACAUACCUGUUGCAGUACUUGAACAAUCAGCAAACAAGCUUAAUUUCCAGUACAUGUUUUAAAAGGAAUUUGAAUUUUUAUUUUUUAUAACUGAAGUAUUUUAUAACCAAUUGUAAUUGUUUAAUCUAAAUACAUUGUAACCGUUUGUUGUGUAAUUGUCGUAACGUGUAUUCUAAGUGCAUUUUAAUCACGUGUGAUUCUGAGUUUUGGUUGGCUGCUAUAUCAAAGUACAUUUUAAUUUGUACAAGUGAAAAAGGUAAACCAGGAACAGAGGUCAAUGCGGUGUAUGUAAUAUCACCAUUUAUUAUAAUGCAGUAGAGGGAUUCUGUUUUGUAAUUACAUUGGAAUUUAAGCCAUGUUUGUUCAGACUAUACAAUUUAUUAACAAAAUAAAAACGCUAGAAAAAAAAGCAUAUUUUUCAUUCAUAUUUCAUCUAUUCAACAUAUUUCCAAUAAAUAACUAUUUGAUGCAAGACUUCACCACGAGAGCAAUCCUGCGACCACUAAUAGGCAUAACAGGGGAUGCAGUAAGAUGUACAGUAUGUCCAAUGACAUGCUUGGUCCGGUUCCCACGUUUUUU